CACCGCGAGUUUCGACCCGCGCGGUGCUCGACCCAUUCAUUUCUUCCAAAUAAACUCGUGUUUUCUCCGUUGUUUUGACAUUAAGCUCGUAAACUAAGAACUAUGAUGGUUUCUCUGAAGCGAGAAAGGGAGGCUGAAGUGGAGGAUGACGAUGACGAAGGCAUAGCUGCAGGCGACAUCGGCCGAGGGCGGGUGCUAGAAGACAGAAGGAGCCGCCACUGCCCUUACCUCGACACCAUCAACAGGAGCGUGCUGGACUUUGACUUUGAGAAACUCUGCUCCAUCUCGCUUUCCCACAUCAACGUCUAUGCCUGCCUAAUAUGUGGGAAAUACUUCCAAGGAAGAGGUUUGAAGUCCCAUGCCUACACUCACAGUGUGCAGUUCACCCAUCACGUGUUCCUCAAUCUGCACACGCUCAAGUUUUACUGCCUGCCCGACAACUAUGCGAUCAUUGACUCUUCACUCGAAGACAUCACAUAUGUGCUGAAACCAACUUUCACACAACUGCACAUCUCAGGGCUGGACAAGCAGGGUAAACUAUACCGAGCCUACGACGGUACAACCUACCUGCCAGGCAUUGUAGGGCUGAACAACAUUAAAUCCAAUGACUAUGCCAAUGUGGUCUUGCAGGCCUUUUCCAAUGUACCACCAUUGCGAAACUACUUCCUGGAGGAGGAAAACUACAGGGGAAUCCGCAGGCCACCGGGGGACAUCAUGUUCCUCUUGGUGCAGAGGUUUGGAGAGCUGAUGCGUAAACUGUGGAAUCCAAGAAACUUCAAAGCUCAUGUGUCUCCACAUGAGAUGCUGCAGGCUGUCGUGCUGUGCAGCAAGAAGAACUUCCAAAUUACCAAGCAAGGAGAUGCUGUGGACUUCAUGACGUGGUUCUUGAAUGCUCUGCACGGUGCUCUUGGAGGCACAAAGAAAAAAAAAUCAAUCAUUGCAAAAGCAUUUCAAGGCUCCAUGCGGAUCUUCUCCAAGAAACUUCCUCACCCAGAUUUAACACCAGAGGAGAAACAGGCGUUGCUUGUGACGGUGGAGUACCAGGAGCAGAUGUCUGAGUCCACCUUCCUGUUUCUAACCCUUGACCUCCCAACAGCUCCACUGUACAAGGAUGAGAAGGAGCAGCUCAUUAUCCCCCAGGUCCCUCUCUUCAGCAUCCUGGGCAAGUUCAAUGGCAACACAGAGAAGGAGUACAAAACCUACAAAGAGAAUUUUCUCAAAAGGUUCCAGCUGACCAAACUGCCUCCGUACCUCAUCUUUUGCAUCAAAAGAUUCACCAAGAACAACUUCUUUGUGGAAAAGAACCCCACAAUCGUCAAUUUCCCCAUCACGAAUGUCGACCUCCGUGAGUACUUGACAGAAGAAGCUCAACUUACAGAGAAAAACACAACGUAUGACCUUGUGGCCAACGUAGUGCAUGAUGGGAAACCCACCGAAGGAGCGUACAGGAUACACAUUCUGCAUCAUGGAACUGGGAAGUGGUACGAGAUGCAAGAUCUGCAGGUGACUGACAUUCUCCCCCAGAUGAUCACGCUGUCGGAGGCCUACAUCCAGAUCUGGAAGAGACAAGAGACCAACGGCGACGACACAAACGACCACACAGGGGAGUAAGUGAGGCAGCGUGUUCCUGAAGGCCUCAUUUUGGAAAUAAACUGGGUAUUUAAGUGAUUCAAGAUAACAGCAGAAUAUAGAGUGACUGGUAAAAUAGUAUCAGGAUGGGUCGCUUACUCCCACGGAAAGCAAAUAAAUGUAAAUGACUCCCAUGAUCCUUUUUUACUGUUUUAUGUUUUUACCAUGUGGGUGUUUCCAAAUAAACAAACUCUAGGACA